GGCGGCUGCGGCCGCAGCGGGAGGCGCGGAAGAUGUGGCUGAAGCCAGAGGAGGUGCUGCUGAAGAACGCCCUGAAGCUGUGGGUCACCCAGAAGAGCAGCUGCUACUUCAUCCUGCAGCGCCGGAGGGGCCACGGGGAGGGCAGCGGCCGCUUCACGGGUCGUUUGGUAGGCGCACUGGAUGCAGUCCUGGAUUCCAAUGCACGUGUUGCCCCCUUUCGAAUUUUGCUACAAGUUCCUGGAUCACAAGUUUACUCUCCCAUAGCAUGUGGAGCAACUUUAGAGGAGAUUAAUCAGCAUUGGGAGUGGUUAGAACAAAACCUGCUGCAUACAUUGUCUGUAUUUGAUAAUAAAGAAGAUAUUGCUAGUUUUGUUAAGGGGAAAAUAAAGGCCCUGAUUGCAGAAGAGACUAGGAGUAAAUUAGCAGAACAAGAGGAAGAGCCAGAGAAGUUUCGAGAGGCCCUGGUGAAGUUUGAAGCCAGAUUUAAUCUUCCCGAAGCUGAGAAGUUGAUCACCUAUUAUUCUUGCUGCUGUUGGAAGGGUCGAGUCCCUCGUCAGGGAUGGCUGUAUCUGAGCAUUAACCACCUCUGCUUUUACUCUUUCUUCCUGGGCAAGGAACUCAAACUCAUUAUCCCCUGGGUUGAUGUUCAGAAGCUAGAAAGAACAUGCAAUGUCUUCAUGACAGACACCAUCCGCAUUACCACGCAGAAUAAAGAGCGAGAUUUUUCCAUGUUUCUUAACCUCGAUGAGGUAUUUAAGGUGAUGGAACAACUGGCAGAUAUGACACUGCGAAGGCUCCUGGAUAAUGAGAUCUUUGAACUGGAUCCAGACUUGCAGGAGCCAACCCAGAUUACCAAGAGGACAUCCUCUCUAUUUCAGUCAACUAGCGUGUGCAGUGACCAAAAGUUUGGGUCUCUCAAAUUGUCUCAGAAUGGUAACAAGGUUGACAAAGAAACUAGCCCUCUGCCAAAUUCUGAGGCACUGUUAGCUAUCUUCCACCAGUCGGGAACCCAGAGUCCUGAUUCCAGAAUGUCAAGAGAACAGAUAAAAGCAAGCCUUUGGAACGACCAUUUUGUGGAAUACGGCAGAACAGUGUGUAUGUUUCGUACGGAAAAGAUCCGCAAGCUUGUUGCCAUGGGAAUCCCUGAAUCUUUACGGGGUAAACUCUGGCUCCUGUUUUCAGAUGCUGUAACUGAUCUUGCCUCUCAUCCUGGUUACUAUGGGAAUCUGGUAGAGGAGUCGAUGGGCAAAUGUUGCCUAGUAACAGAGGAGAUAGAGCGGGAUUUGCACCGCUCUCUCCCAGAGCACCCUGCCUUCCAAAAUGAAACAGGAAUCGCCGCCUUGAGAAGAGUGCUAACAGCCUAUGCUCACCGAAACCCCAAGAUUGGAUACUGCCAGUCGAUGAACAUUCUGACAUCUGUGUUACUCCUCUAUGCCAAAGAGGAAGAAGCCUUUUGGCUGCUGGUUGCUGUGUGUGAACGGAUGUUACCAGAUUACUUCAAUCAUCGAGUAAUAGGGGCCCAAGUAGACCAGUCUGUCUUUGAGGAACUUAUAAGAGAGAGACUUCCAGAACUGGCUGAACACAUGAAGGAUCUAUCCACUCUGGCUUCCAUCUCCCUUUCUUGGUUCCUGACCUUGUUCCUCAGCAUCAUGCCUUUAGAAAGUGCUGUGAAUGUCGUAGACUGUUUCUUCUAUGAUGGGAUCAAAGCCAUCUUCCAGUUGGGGUUAGCUGUGCUAGAAGCAAAUGCAGUGGAGCUAUGUAGCAGCAAAGAUGACGGCCAAGCCCUGAUGAUCCUUAGCAGGUUCCUGGAUCAUGUUAAAAAUGAAGAAAGCCCUGGACCACCAAUUGGAAAUCAUCAUGCCUUUUUCUCUGAUGAUCAGGAACCCUACCCUGUGACAGAUAUAGCAGAUCUAAUUCGGGAUUCCUAUGAGAAAUUUGGAGACCAGUCAGUGGAAUUGAUUGAGCAUAUGCGCUGCAAACACCGGAUCCGAGUUCUCCAAGGUCAUGAGGACACAACAAAACAGAAUGUUCUCCGGGUUGUUAUUCCAGAAGUAUCCAUUCUCCCUGAAGAUUUAGAGGAACUCUAUGACUUAUUCAAGAGAGAACAUAUGAUAAGCUGUUAUUGGGAACAGACAAGUCUUGCAUUUCAGCACCAUGAUCCCAACAGACCAUAUGCUGAACAGUAUCUGAUAGAUGCUCAACAGUUCAUCAACCUUUAUAAACUUGUCUCUCCAUGGACAUGCGGUGCCCACACUGAAAUCCUUGCUGAGAGGACCUUUCGCCUCCUGGAUGAAAACAUGGAUCAUCUUAUUGCAUUCAAAGGAUUUGCUAUCUGCCUAGAUAUUAUGUACAAUGGAGAAAUGAAUGAAAAAAUAAAACUACUAUACAGGCUUCAUCUCCCUCCUGCUCUCACUGAAAAUGACAAGGAUAGUCAAUCACCAUUAAAGAAUCCACUACUGUCAACUUCAAGACCCCUGGUCUUUGGGAAGCCAAAUGGUGAUGCAAUUGAUUAUCAGAAGCAGUUGAAGCAAAUGCUUAAGGAUUUAGCUAAAGAAAAAGAUAAAACUGAAAAAGAACUGCCCAAAAUGAGCCAGAGAGAAUUCAUCCAGUUUUGUAAAACUUUAUAUAGUAUGUUUCAUGAAGAUCCAGAGGAAAAUGAUCUCUAUCAAGCUAUUGCCACAGUAACUACUUUGUUACUGCAGAUAGGAGAAGUGGGGCAGAGAAGCAGCAGCUCAGGAAGCUGCUCCGAUGAGUAUAUGGAAGAUGUACAGACAGAAGCGUCCACCUCCACUUCUGACCAGGACUCAGUUUUUGCUGACAUGGGCAAGAUGCCCCAGAGAUAUUCCCAAGCGUUAUCUAUGACAGAAGGGGAUUGGACUGUUUCCCUAGAGCACAUUUUAGCAUCACUUUUGACUGAACAGUCACUAGUAAACUUCUUUGAAAAGCCACUAGAUAUAAAAUCUAAACUUGAAAAUGCCAAGAUCAAUCAGUACAGUCUCAAAACCAAUGAAAUGAGCCGCCAGUCUGAGUAAUGGACAGCACAGCACACUGUAGCCCAGCACCACCAUUCUGUUGAGUACACUGGAGGAUGCUAUACCAAAGCACAUGUUGCAAACAAGGCUGCUUCUCAGUUUCUUAGCGUACUGUUUAGAAUAAAUAGUGAGCUCUGUCCAAACGUCAGCUUGAGUUAAGUUUUAGAAACUUGAGGGAUUAGAGAGGUAUCUCGAUAAGACAGCAACCCAAUGAAACUGGAGACGAAGAAAUAUUAAGCUUUAUUUACAGGACUUGGACAGAAGUCAUUCAUUCCUUUAUCAAAUCUCUAACCAAUUCUAGCUAAGGACCCUGGAGAAGACAGAGCAGAGCAGGCUAUACUCUUGGCUAUUCCUGAUUUGUCUCUCAAUGUUUAAGCUAUGAUUUCAUUUCAGAGUUUGCUGCUGCUUAUCUCUUGUAUAAAGGGAUAACCUGUAUUUUUUUAGAGCACCUCCCCCACCAAUGAAUGUAAAAGAUGUUACUCAGUGAGAUUUGGGGUGUUUGGGGGGAGGAAUUAAUUCACGUCCUGGUUUAAGAGCUACUUGUUUGCAAUUGGCUUCUUUCUUUUCUUUUUGCACUAAUCUUGAAAACCUGUUUCAAUGCUGGUAAUUGAAACUCUUUUAAUAUUUUUGGUUGUAUUCAAUUUGUAUGUCUUGCAAAAAAAAGUGUACAAACCAUGCUUUUGAUGUUGUUGGUCCCCAAAAGCAGUUUUUAAUAAUAUUCUUUUGUAUUGACUUGCUGGUUUUAAGUUACUUGAACACUUUUCAUAGUGUCCCUUUCUAUAAAAAGCCUUUAAGCACACAUACAAACAGAAUUUGGACAAAACAAUACUAGAAUUUGGGAGUUAAAACUUGGUCCAGCCUAUUCAUUGUAUUGGAAAACACCUCCUUUAGGGUAUACUCUAAACAUACCAUAGUUCAUCUCCAUUACAAGGCAGAUAAAGAACCUUAACUUUUCAAUGCAAUGGAAUUUUAUAUUUUUGUGAUGAACUAUAGAGGUAUCAACCCCUAAAAUAUCAAAGACACUAAGCUCCUCUCUUGGAUGUGAAAUGGGCAAAGACAGUCAUCCCUAUUACAUGAGGAGGAACCAUCAAUGCUACUUGUUUUUGAGUUUUACAAAAAGUGGUCUGUCAUAAACCAAAUGCUGGCACAUGUUCACUACAACCAGAUGCACAAAUCAUUAACAAUCCAUCAUCAAAAUGCACACACCUGAAUCCCAACAACCAUAUUCUCUAGUUCCCCCGUCCGCUGCAUAGUCAUGCUCUGCUGCCACCAAGCAGUAACCUGCACUCAAAGUGUGUCCACAGAGUAGGUUGCAAGUCUUGGUGCAGCUUCUAGGAUCAAUGGGUAAACAUGGAUCUUGACCCCUCUUGGCUUCCCCAUACUGGGGGUUUAGUCUACAGGAAGAGAAAUCAUUUCAAGUUACUGUUCCUAACAUAAUCCUAUUUGACUAUAAAUCCUAUGCUGCCAUCCAUUAAAAAUUUAAAAAGAGGUAGUUACCUGUGGAGCAC